AUGGAUUACUCGCGUGAUGAUAUUGAUGGGUUGUUGAAUGAUCAAUUUAGAGAUGUUGCACAGGCCAAAGAAGUUUAUGAUGGUCCAAAUGAAGAUGUCAAGAAAUACUAUAACUUAGUCAAAGAGGCGAUGCCCAAGUUGAACAUUCCUCCGUCUUACAAUAAAACGAAGUGUAUGGUUAAGAAUCUCGGUCUUGAUUAUGAGAAAAUUGAUGCAUGUCCAAAUGAUUGCAUGUUGUUUAGGAAUGAUCAUAAGGAUGAUGAAUUUGUCAUACUUGCGGAGCUUCACACUCAAAAGGUUAUGUGCUCAAAGACGACAGAUUCUUUAAGGUGGCAUGACAAGGAACGUUCUAAAGAUGGAAAGUUAAGGCAUCCUGCUGAUGGUCAAGCAUGGAAAGAUUUUGAUAGGUUGCAUCCAGAUUUCGCACUAGAUUCUCGUAAUGUGAGACUUGGAUUAGCAAGUGAUGGGUUCAAUCCAUUUCGAGCCAUGAGUAUAUCUCAUAGCACAUGGCCAGUUAUGUUGAUGGCGUAUAAUUUGCCGCCUUGGAUGUGCAUGAAGUCUGAAUAUUCUAUACUUUCUUUACUUAUAGUUGGGCCACGAUCACCUGGAUAUGACAUUGAUAUUUACUUACAACCAUUGAUAGAUGAGUUAAAAUUGUUGUGGGAUACUGGGGUUGAAACAUAUGAUGCUUCAAGAAAUCAAACUUUUCAAAUGCGAGCAGCUCUUAUGUGGACAAUCAAUGACUUUCCUGCAUAUGCUAUGUUGUCUGGAUGGAGUAUAAAAGGAAAGCUUGCUUGCCCUUAUUGUAACUAUAACACUAAUUCUCACUAUCUUAAGCAUAGUCAGAAAAUGUGUUAUAUGGAUCAUCGUGUUUUUCUACCCAUGUAUCAUCCAUGGAGAUCUAACAAACGAUCUCUCAAUGGAAAAACUGAAUGCAGUCCUCCUCCACCUUUAAUAAAAGGAACUGAUGUGCUUAAUAGCUUACAAGAUUUUGAAAAGGUGUUUGGAAAGAAGAGAAAGAGAUCAAAUGAUGGCCCAUUGAAAAAAAGGUCAAUCUUUUGUGAAUUACCUUAUUGGCAGCACAACUUGUUAUGCCACAACAUUGAUGUAAUGCACAUAGAGAAAAACAUAGUUGAUAGCAUACUUGGAACUCUUUUGGAUAUUCUAAGCAAAACAAAGGAUCAUGCAAAAGCCCGGUAUGAUUUGAAAGAGAUGAGAAUUAGAAAGAAUCUUCAUCCAAAAGAUACUGGAGAUAAUAAAAGAACAAAGCUUGCAAAAGCUUGCCUCUCAAUGGCAAAUGGAGAGAAAUCAGUUUUUUGUGGAGUUUUAAAGACAGCCAAGCUACCUGAUGACUGUGCCUCCAAUAUAUCUAGGUGUGUGAAACUGGAUGAAAGAAAAUUGUCUGGUUAUAAGACCCAUGAUGCUCAUUUCAUGUUACAUUACUUGCUUCCAAUACCAAUUAAAAGCGUCCUUCCAGAUCAUGUGGCUAUUGCUUUGAUUUGUCUAUGUUCCUUCUUCCAACGUUUGUGUCAAAAAGUUAUCACAUUGGAGGAACUAGAUUGCUUAGAAGUAGAGAUCAGAGAAAUAAUAAAUCAGUUGAAGCGAAUUUAUCCUCCGUCAUUUUUUUAUAUAAUGAUUCAUUUUCCUAUUCAUUUGGCGAAUGAAGUGAGAUUAGGUGGUCCAGUUCAGAACCGAUGGAUGUAUUCCACUGAAAGAUAA